AAAAAAAAAAAAACUUGCCCGUGAAAGGUUUUGGCUUGGAAAAAGACGAUUCCAAAACCCAAAAUCAACGCCAAGGAGGAUAUGAUUGAACACAAUGGACAAAGAAGAAGCACAAACCCAUUAAAAGUUGGAGGACACCAUGUGACUUUGAAAGUGAAGCUCAGCUUACUGUUGUCGUUAUAACGAUCACUGUUAUGUAUAACCAGUGAUAAAAAUCAGUGGGUUUCUUCAUUCUCUUUGUUCUUCAAAUGGGGUUUCCUCUUUUUUUGGUUUUGAUUCUUCUUCUCGUCGUUUCUUCUGUCCAUUGUCAGGUUAAAGAGUUCAUCAGUAUAGAUUGUGGAGGGACGAAGAAUUUCACCGACCCAGUUACAGGGCUAGCAUGGAUUUCCGACGCCGGAAUUAUGAACGCCGGUGGGUCAUCACCGGUGGAAAACCCAAAUGGAAACUUGAUGCAGUACCAAACACGGCGGGACUUCCCAAUCGAUGACAAGAAGUACUGUUACACUUUGAAAACAGAGGAGAGAAGAAGGUAUUUGGUUCGAGCAACUUUUCAAUAUGGGAGUUUGAAGGAUGAAGAAACUUACCCUAAAUUUCAGCUUUAUUUGGAUGCAACUAAGUGGUCAACUGUAACUAUUUUUGAUGCUUCGAGAGUUUAUGUGAAGGAGAUGAUCAUCAGGGCACCUUCAAAUUCAUUUGAUGUUUGCAUAUGCUGUGCAACUACUGGUUCUCCAUUCAUUUCCACUCUUGAGCUUCGCCCUUUUAAUCUUUCAAUGUAUGCAACGGAUUUUGAAGAUAAUUUCUUCUUGGAAGUUGCUGCUAGAGUGAAUUUUGGUGCUCUAACCAAGGAGGUGAUAAGGUACCCAGAUGAUCCAUAUGACAGAAUUUGGGAUUCAGACCUUGAGAAGAGGCAGAAUUAUCUUGUGGGGGUGGCUCCAGGGACAGAAAGAAUCAGCACUUUGAACAAUAUUAAUGCAAUGACAAGAGAAUAUCCACCUGUUAAAGUGAUGCAGACUGCAGUCCUUGGCACAAAAGGAGUACUCAGCUACAGGUUGAAUUUGGAUGAUUUUCCUGCCAAUGCUAGGGCUUAUGCAUAUUUUGCUGAGAUUGAAGAUUUGGGUUGGAACGAGACUCGGAAGUUCAAAUUGGAGGAACCUAACAUUCCGGAUUCGAGUAAUGCAGUGGUGAAUAUUGCAGAGAAUGCCAAUGGGACCUAUACUCUUUAUGAACCGAGCUAUAUGAACGUGACACUGAGUUUCGUGCUUUCGUUCUCGUUUGUUAAGACUCGAGAUUCAACUCGUGGACCACUUUUGAAUGCAUUGGAAAUUAGCAGAUAUGUUGAGAUUGCUGCCAAGACCGAUAUGCGAGAUGAGUCUGUUGUGAAUGUCCUCCAUGACGUGUCAGCAGAGAAUGUUAGGUCAAAUGAAGGCGAUCCUUGUGUUCCAACAAGCUGGGGAUGGGUGACUUGUUCUGCCACACAACCACCGAGAAUAACUAAAAUAGAGCUUUCCAGAAAGAAUGUCAAGGGAGAAAUUCCACCAGAGAUCAAUACUAUGGAUGGGUUAAUGGAAUUGUGGUUGGAUGGAAAUUCCCUUGUAGGGCCACUGCCUGACAUGAGUAAUCUAAUAAACUUGAAGAUUUUACAUCUAGAGAAUAACAAAUUGACAGGGACAUUGCCUUCUUACCUGGGUAGUUUGCCCAACUUACAGGAACUAUAUAUUCAAAACAACACUUUUUCGGGUGAAAUACCUUCAGAAUUAUUGGCAAAGAAACUCACCUUUAAGUAUGAUGGUAAUGUGGGGCUUCACAAAAGUGAACGAUACAAGAUGCAUUCUAAGCUUAUAUUAGGAGUUUCAUUGGGAGUGCUUGUGCUUCUGGUUAUUCUACUUUUAGGAAGUUUGCUGUUACUCCGCAAGCUUCGAAGAAGAACGACACCUUACCAGAAAAAAGGUGGUUCUCUGCAAAUCAGUACAAAGCGCUCUUCUGGCUACUCGAUCGGCAAGGGGGAUGAAGGCAUGGCCUACUAUUUAUCUCUCUCCGAGCUGGAAGAAGCGACGAAUAACUUCUCAAAGAAAAUUGGUAAAGGGAGCUUUGGAUCAGUCUUUUAUGGGAAGAUGAUUGACGGCAAAGAAGUGGCAGUUAAGAUCAUGGCUGAGUCAUCUACACAUGGGAAUCAACAAUUUACGACUGAGGUUGCCCUCUUAUCAAGAAUUCAUCACCGUAAUUUGGUUCCUUUGAUCGGUUACUGCGAAGAAGAACAUCAACGGAUGCUGGUUUAUGAGUACAUGCAUAACGGGACGUUGCGAGAUCAUUUAUAUGGUUCUACGACUCAAAAGCACUUGGACUGGCUGGCUCGCCUGCACAUUGCAGAGGAUGCAGCUAAAGGGCUUGAGUACUUGCACACUGGAUGCAUCCCGAGUAUCAUUCAUCGAGAUGUAAAAACUAGCAACAUACUCCUCGACAUCAAUAUGAGGGCAAAAGUUUCCGACUUUGGACUCUCGAGGCAAGCUGAGGAAGAUUUGACCCAUGUAUCAAGUGUUGCUCGAGGAACUGUAGGCUACUUGGAUCCUGAGUACUAUGCUUGUCAACAACUUACCGAAAAGAGUGACGUCUAUAGUUUUGGGGUCGUACUCCUCGAACUGAUCUCUGGGAAGAAACCUGUCUCACCAGAAGACUAUGGAAAUGAAUUGAACAUUGUUCACUGGGCGAGGUCCCUAGUCCAUAAAGGGGACGUGACGAGCAUCGUAGAUCCAUUUUUAAAAGGAAAUGUGAAAAUAGAAUCGGUGUGGAGAAUCGCUGAAGUUGCCAUACAGUGUGUGCAGCAGCAUGGAGUUUCCAGGCCAAGGAUGCAGGAAGUCAUCUUGGCCAUACAAGAUGCAAUCAAGAUUGAACAAGGUACUGAAGGAAACCAGAAGCUAUCUUCAGGCAGUUUAAAAGCACAGUCAUCUCGAAAAACUUUGCUGACGACCUUCCUUGAAAUCGAGAGCCCUGAUGGUUCUCUCCUUCCCUCUGCAAGAUAAGGUCUCGACAACUCCGACAUGACUUUCAGGUAAUGUACGAUAAAACGAUAAGAUACCGAUACCGUGACUGAAAUAUUGUUUGAUAGGAACACAACAGUAGGAACACUGACAACACAUUUUUACCUUUCAUCAUUCUCUUUCUUGAAUUAGUAUUUAAUAUGGUUUUUUGGACAGAUGAAACAUAACUUUGGUUAUAGUGAAUAUGGAACAUACUUAAAAUUGUUCAUAGGGGAAGUGAUUGAUCUGUUAUCAAUGCCUAUAUUUUUUAAAUCAAGUGCUGCUACUGCCGAAGCAUCCAUUUGGCUGGCUUAAGCAA